UCACUGAGAUUUGUAGGUUGCUAGCUUCUAUCUAGCACCAUGCUGUGACAACUAUGUCCAUCCGAGCUCACUGCACCACGUUUCUUCCCUUGGUUCAUCCCUCCGUAUCCCUUCUCUCCACGUACAACCAUGAUCUCCAUCUUCCGCUCCUUCCUCCGUUGCUUCAUUCGAGCAUGCAGAUACAUCAUCCUCUGCAGAGAGUUCCUCGACUCUCUAGCGGUGGAGAUCUACGAGCUCAAAAGCAAGAGAGAGGAUGUCGAGAGAGAUGUCGUCAAAGCUAGGAGAGGGGGGAAGCAGCCGAGGAGCCAAGUCAUGUGGUGGUUGGACCGGGUGGAAUCCCUCGAGAGCAAGUUCUCUAAGAUCAGCACAGAAUUCGAGCGAAGGUUGAUGCUUCCAGGAAAUCUUGCACCAAAUGUUUGGUCGAGCUAUCGGCUCAGCAGCAGAGCCGAUGAGAUGAUUGCCGAGGUACGCUACUUGAAGAGCAAAGGAUCCUUCGACCAGGUCGCUGACGAAGUGUUUCCCGAUCGAUUCGAGGAGGUGCCGAGUUCACCGACUGUGGGCAUGGAUUUGGUUCUCGAGCAGCUGCGUCGAGUCUUAGAAGAUGAUGCCGUAGGCAUCGUGGGAAUCUACGGCAUGGGCGGCGUCGGUAAGACGGCACUGUUGAGCAGAUUCCACAACGAGUUCCUCGCUGAUGCGACCCAUCUCGACGUGGUCAUCUUCAUCGAUGCAUGUAGAGGUCUGGGCGUCGAUCGCAUUCAGAGGAUGAUUGGGGAUCGUUUGGGCUUGUCACGGAAGAACAGGGGAUCGCAGGAGGAGAAAGCAGCAACCCUGUUCAGGGUCCUCAACAAGAUGAGGUUCGUACUGAUACUGGAUGGCGUUUGCCGUUCUCUGGACCUUCGAACGGUGGGAGUUCCCAUUCCCAAGCGGAGAUCGAAGUGCAAGAUCGUACUGGCGACGCGAAACGAAGAUCUCUGUGACCAGAUGGGCGCGAAGAAGAAGAUCAAGGUAGAAGCCUUACCAUGGGAUGCGGCCUGGAAGCUGUUCACGGAGACGGCAGGCGAGGAGAUGAUCGAUUCCCACCCGGGAAUCCGGCGGCAAGCGGAGAUUUUGGUGAGGAAAUGCGGUGGCUUGCCGCUCGUACUCAUCGCCGUCGCGCGAGCUCUGGCGAGCAAACGAUCUCUCGAGGAGUGGAAGCAUGCGGUGGCGAUCAUGAACAGCGACCCGGCCCAGCUUCCAGGCAUCGCAGAGCAUGUGCUUCGUCCCCUCAAGCUCAGCUACGAUCUGCUGCCCGAUGACACAUCGAGAUCCUGCGCCUUGCACUUCGCCUUGUACCGGGAAGGCUGUCGCCUUCACCAGAACUUGCUCCAAGAAUGCUGGAUCGGCGAGGGAAUUCUGGGCGACUUCGAAGACGUCGAAGAGGCCAACAACAGAGCGUGCUACCUCCUCGGAGUUCUGAGCGCGGCUUCGUUGAUCGACAGAGUCGACGCAAAUGGCUACACCAGGAUGCACCCGGUGAUCCGUGCCACGGUCUUGUGGAUAGCUUGCGAGUGCGGGAAGAAGGAGAACAGAUGGUUUGUGCGAGAAAGGGAAGGGUUGACGGAUGCACCGGACGCGGAGACGUGGGCAGGUGCGACGAGACUAGCGCUGGGGGACAACGAGAUAGCCGUGCUACCUGAAGCCCCCCAGUGUCCUGAUCUCGUCUCCUUGAAGCUCAAGAACAAUUUGGGUAUCGAGAAGAUACCUGACGGCUUCUUCGGGUUCAUGCCAUCACUCGCGGUCUUGGACCUUCACUCCACUUCCAUCAAGGAGCUUCCGCCGGGGAUCGGCAAUCUGGUUGGGCUGCAAUUCCUCGAGCUCUGUGGAACCAAGCUCAAGUCGCUGCCCAAGGAACUGGGAGCUCUGACCAAGCUGAAGUACUUGGGAUUGAACUGGACGGUCGAUCUCGCCAGCAUUCCCGACGGGCUCAUCCGUGACCUCGGUCAACUGCGAGUCCUGCGGAUGAUCGUGAGCUACAGGUCGUGGAAGGCCGGCUCGAGUGGCGAUGGCGUGGACAUGGGGGAGCUGGAAGCGCUGAAUCGACUGCGAAUACUGGACAUCACGGUGGGAACAGCUGCGGCACUGGAGAGGCUGGCGCAGUCGCGGAGGCUGGCGCCGGCCACCGUGGCGCUGCUGAUCAAAGGCUGCAGAGACUUGAGCAGCAUCGAGCUGCCGUCGGUUAUGGGGAAGAACAUGAAGCGACUGAAAUGGCUUCGGGCAUCGCAUUCGAAGGAGUUGGAGGAUGUGGUGAUCGGCGGCGGCGGCGGCGGACUGGAGAAUCUGGUUCUUGAGCAUCUGCUGAAAGCUAAGAUCGUGUGGCGAGGGAGUCACGGCCAGAAUCUUCGUGGCCUCUACAUAUAUGGCUGCAACGGGAUGGAACAGCUGAUCUACCACAAGGAGGACGAAGAAACCGAGGAUGGCAGAGCUUCGGGGGGUGUCGCCAUCGUCCCUUUUCCCAACCUCACGGAGAUUGCACUCCGCGGGCUUCCGGAGCUGAAGAGAGUGAGCGAGGAGAGGAAGAUGCUGGUGUUUCCCUCACUGGAGAGCAUGGAGGUGGCGGAGUGCCCGAAGCUGAAGAAGCUGACGCUGGUGGCGGAGAAGCUGAGAGAGAUCAAGUGUCAGAGAUCAUGGUGGGAUCAGCUGGAAUGGGAGGAGGAAGAUGAUGCGACCAAGUCCGCGUUCCAGCUGAUCAUGAAACCGCUGCAGUGAUGUCGAUGCGUCUACCGAUCUCCAUUUCCAUUUGUCUUGGAAUGCUUCGUUUUCAUUGCGUGUGUUUGCUUCAUUCUUUUGUAAUAUAAUAUGUGUAAUAUAAUAUGUGAGGACA